CGCCGUCGCCAAGCUUCCUUACCUUCGAUAACUGUUCAGCUUGACGGACGCGAGAGAAAGCUCCUCGCAAGCAGAUACACAAAGGGAGUGGAAGGACCUGCAGCAAUGGGAAUCAAACUGUACUACACCACCGUUACUGCCUCUCGGACGGUGAAGUCUCAACAGGCAGAAGUGAUACGAAUCCUUGAUAGUAAAAGCAUCCAGUACGAGCUCGUCGACAUCUCUGUGGGCGGGGAGCUUCGUGACGAAAUGAGAAGCAAAGCGGGGAACCCCACAGCAGUCCCUCCCCAGCUUUUCAAUGAAGACCAAUACUGUGGGAACUAUGAAAUGUUUUCUGAGGCGGUGGAAGCAGAUACAGUGGAACAAUUUCUGAAACUGGCGUGAGGAGGGCGGCGUGUAGUGGUCCAUCGUAACCCCGUUCCCCCAACCACCUACCCACCCACCCUGCGCCCUAACGGAGGCCCUUUACCCAGUCUCUCUCUGCACCACCGACAGUGUCCACUCACUUUCAAUGCCAUAAUGAAGAAUGCCAAAUAUCUCGUAUUCAACUAAUCAGAAGACACACAUUCCCCCUACUGCACCAUUUGACUCCAAAUCAGUCUUAAUCAGUCUUAAUCUGUUUUAUUUUUAUGUGUUUUUUUUCUGUUCUUUCUUUUGAUUUCUCUCAGACGUUUCCCCGUCUGACAGACUAGUGUUACUAAGUCCUCCUAGUCCACUAGGAAUCAAUGGGGUGUCUAAAUGUGCUGUAAUUAGGUCGACUAAUCUUGGCUGCGGCCACAUGAUCGCUGGAGAUUAAACUAAUCCACUGGAUGACAACAUUCAACCCAGAAUCUUCCUGAUCCUCUGCAGACCAAACACAGCCUCAUCACUCAGUCUUAACUACUAUGUCGUCUUUUUCUGUAGCCUUCAAGUUCCCAUGUUGUACAUGACUGCACACUAUUUGUACUUCACAUGGAUGCAAAUGCACACGGAAGUAGCAGGACUGUAAUGUCCUUAAAUCUAAUUAAUUGAGAAUUAUAGCAGCUAAAGGACGCCAGAAAACCUUUUGUAAUUGUGGUCCAUUGGUCACCUUAUGCAAGCUACGACAAGAGGGUUGAUUCUGAAAUGGGAAACCAUUGGGAGUCCAAUGCUAUUCCGACCUACUUUGAGGGCAGCGAUAAUGACACCAGAGUGGCAAGAAAGUGUAUAUUUGGACAAAUAUUGAAAAUACUUUCAUGAAACUAGUACUACACAAAAAAUGCCACACUGUGGCAUUUUUUUUGUUAACAAAAGUUAUGUUUACAUUCUCAACAAAACACAUUUUCUUGAGAUGUUGCGUGCAUAUCCUUCCUUACACAUGCAAAAUCGUGCAUCAGUUUACAUCCAUGUUUGCUAGCUUGCAGUCUUCUUCCUCUUUGUCUUUUUGAACACAUCGCUACUCUUCACUGCCACCAACUGUUGAUCUGAACAUCGUGAAACUGGUGGCAGGAGUGUUAAACGCCUGUGUGCACAACACCAAUAUAACAGGGACCCGCUCAUUCAAACGUUGCUCCAUAGGGCUACUAGUGGUCGAAAAAGUUAGAGAGAAAGAUAACCAGCUGAUAUGUUGGUGAAACCUAUAGAUAAUGAAAGGCACAUAAAUAGAUUCUGUAUUUUGGCAAUAUUUCCCCUAUCAACAGUAACUUUUGAAUAAAUUUUGAUAUGGGGACGUGGUUGACAAUGAAAUCAGUGUACGCUGCCGUCGGCCACGCUGUUUUUUAUGAUCCAACCACCAAGGGGAACCUCAGAAAUCAGCAGGGGUAUUUUAUAGGCCGAUUUUGGUAAUCUGUGUAGUUAAAUUAGGCCAAAAAAAAGGAUUCAGUAUUUCUCUACCAAUGUUUUAUUCAGAGUGGAAACAUUUAGACCUUCGUGUGAAGAAAUAGAAUUGACAGGAAGCAUAACUUUAACAAGUAAAAUAAUAUAAACAUGAAAAAUCCAAAUAAUCAGACCAUUUUACAAACUUUUGGCAUUUGGUCAACCUUUUUCUAAGGGAGGGGGGGGCGUAGGUUUCACAUGGGACUCGCAACCUCAGUAUUUUUGCUAAAAUCCUGGCUACGCCCCUGUUGGUGUUUAGUAUCAAAACAUGUUUAAUUUCACUUAUUAGGUAUGCUAUACUGGUUCACCAAUGGGCCAAACUUAUUAAAAAGGUUGGUAUACUCCUUUAAAAAAUCAGUGCUAAAACAUUUCAGUAGUUAGCUGCUUAAUUUUAGCAUCCAGUGGAGCAAGAGCAGGAUGAACACAUUUCUUAAUGUCACAUUUGGUGCCAAUGUAUAUCUGUAUUGCGCUUCUGCACGUGGAUAUUCACUGUAGUAUUAACACCUUCCUGCCAUCUUCCACGUUUUCCAUAAUCUGUAUAACUUGAAAGCUUUGUUCCUCGCACCAAUAGGUGCUCUGUAUUGUUGACUGAAGACACCAAACAUUUAGAAGGAAGAAUUUCAUGUAGAUUGUAAAUGAUAUAACUGGAAAGAUGUGAAUCUUCUAGGUUUCAACCACGUAGCUUUUCUUUCCUUUGUUUGUUUUAUGUUAGAGUUUCACCGAUUGUCCUGGGCAUGAAGAUGCAGUAAUGUGACUAUGCACUGAAACCCUGCCUCAUUCUGAACACAGACAUUAAGGUCAAAGCUGGUGUGUUUGACCUGACUCAGUCUUAUUAACCUUGGGGAACACUCACCACAUGGGAAAAAUGAAGGCUUCACUUAUUUGUGCUUUUACGUAUGUGCAUUCAUUCUGUUAAAUGAUCUCAGUUGAAAUAUAAUGUUUAUGUCUUUUCUUUUAAAUCGAGAACAACAUAGUUUCCCCCGUCAAACCCCCUCAGCUUUCAAGAUUGUGUUGUUAUGGUUUGGGAUCCUAGUAAUGACAGCCUUCACACACAAUGUUUGUGCACUGUUUUGUAAGUGGAUGGUUGUAGAUGUUUGCCUGCUAUCAGUGUAUAUUCACUCUCAACCAUAUUUUAGACAUUCCAUGUCUCUCUGAGCUCCUGCUUUGCUUUUGGACCAAUUCCCCUUGGCCAAAAAAAAGAAGAAAAUAGGGAAUAAAAUGCUGUUGUCUUCCAAGAAGAUUGUGAAAAGUGAUUUAUGGGUGAAAAAAAUAAAACAGUUGAAUCUAA